AGGUUUUAAAAUUACAUGCAAAUGUAAACCUACAUUUCCAUAUCUUAAUUUUAAUAUACAUUAAACCAGAUGCUAAUGUAAAAAUAGAAUGCAAUGUAAUGCUACAUUAUUUAUCACGCUCCUUUUAUGUGCAUGAUAUUUAAUGUAAAUGUACGCUACUUUUUCGAACUGUGUAGUAGCAGAGCUGAGCCAAAAAGUUGAGCACGUUUCUUCGGGACCUACUAGUCUUAGAGUUAUCUCUAUGGUAGUAAGUAGACGAAACAUGUCGAAGUGACAUUCGCCUCCGAUCUUCGGGCGCGUGCGAAUAGGGAGGAUGCAAAAUUACGUAACAUUUUGCACACGAAUCGCCAUAUUCAGAACCACACGCCCCCAAUAGGUUAGUGAAGCCAUGGUCAUCAAAAUAGGAAAUCGAUGAAGAGAAUUUACUUUCAUCCCUCUGCUUCUGAGCCCCUUAAUUCAGUCGUCGUCAUUGCAAUGCAAACUAGCAUCACAUCGCUUUUGGUUCUUGGAUUGCACUUGCUGGUUUACCCUAACCGUCCUCAACACCUUAAAAUCCAGCUUCCGUUCCUUAGUUCCACUGCGACGCUUGCUAUGAUCUUGCCGAUCGAUAGUAUGCCACUUACGAUAAACAGUAUGCCACGUUUGAGAAUAAUGCACACGGUCGAUUUAGCCAAUUUCAACGACUUGGCGAUUUUUGAACCUGACCACGUCGGAUUUUCCAAUUGGGUGUCGAAAAUUAAUUUUCGGUUUGCGGCUUCCAUCAAGUAUAACUUCUUUUAAACACAAUGAAAGAGAAAACAUUUCAAAACAAACUGCUGUCAAAACACUCCAAAUCCCACCGCUAGGAGCACUGCAGUAAAAUAAACAGUGCGUUCAGAUAUUAAAUGACUCAAGCUUUAAUUAUUGAGAUUUAUAUUUGCGAUUCUCUCUUUCUCAACUAUAUUGGUAUUAGCGCUAUGAGAUGAUACAAAACAAAUCCAAUAAAACCGUCACUGUGAUACGACGCCAAACAGUGUAUGGAGCGUUUUCCGAGACAUUUCUGAUCAGCUAAUUGUUCAACCCAUGAAUGAGAUUUGACAGGAGGCAGCUACCUAUACCAUAAACCAAUAAAUAAUAUUUGAGCCAACGCUGAAAAAUUAUAUUAAUUAGUAAGGACAACAAAAUUCCAGUGCCUCCAAAAGGCUUAAUAUGAAAUACAUAUCAGAGUUAUCCAUUCGCAACAAUUGACGUCACAAGGGGCGAGACGGUCCUCAAUAAACAUUAUUUAAAUAAAAAAAUAGCUCGAAACCUGAAAUCAAAAGCAUCAGCUUCAAAUAUGUAGAAUAAGAUGAAGAACCAGAACGAGACGCGAGAGAAUCCGCUUGCUCGUAUAUAUGUAUCACAAACGAUCAAGAAAUAAGGUUCAGUCAGUCGUCACUAAAGAUAAGAAACUCUAUCUGCUAGAGGAAAUCCCCCAGUGAUAUUUUUGCUCACAAGUUGAACAGUCUACAAUCUACUGAACCUACGAUGAAUAUUUUUUCGGAAAUCUCGGCUCAAUGUGCAUAGAGGUGUCUAUUCCGGAGAGAUGAUCAAUACGAUGAACGUGUUUCUGGUUCUGUCAGGAAGUAUCCUGCUUAACUUUGUCCUGGCAACCGAAUAUAUACCGCUUCAGUGUGGGAUACAGCCGAUAGGUUCAGAAGAACUAGCCGAAAAGGAAACCGACACUAUUCUAGGCGAGUUUCCUUGGCAUACAGCCAUCUAUCAUAUCAGCCACGACAGCAUCAUUUACGUAUGCGGGGGAACGAUGAUCGACGAACGCUUCAUACUAACCUCAGGACACUGUGUUUUCAAUCUCGAUAGUGGAGAAAUAAUGGCGAAUACUUUAAUGGUGGUUCGAUUGGGCGUUCACAGUCUGGACGCUCCUUUUCAACUGACUUCGCAGCAAUACUCAGUCGGCGAAAUACACAUUCAUCCGAAUUUCACUUUCGGACAUCCGAAGCAUGAUAUUGCUAUAUUGAUGUUGAGUAUGGUGGUCCGGUUUAGUGAUUAUGUGCAUCCAGUUUGCGUAGAUCAAACAGGUGAAUCGGAGAACGGUUACGGAACGGUAGUCGGUUGGGGGUUGGCUGAUGUAAGUGUGUCCAGUGAUCUCAGAGAUGUACAACUGCCGAUGCAUAGCGGUUUGCUGUGUCCAGAGCCGAACGAAGAAACAUUUUGCGCAGGAUAUUCUGACGGAACGAACGUGUGUAAUGGAGAUAUUGGCGGAGGAAUAUUUAUCAAACGGGGAAAAGCAUGGACUUUAGUAGGAGUUCUAUCCAAGCCAAAGAACACAAUCAUCAACAACGAUACUUGCCAGAUCAACGGCUAUGCCACUUUCACAAAGGUACAUACGUUCCUCCCGUGGAUAGAGAUGACCACAAGAUUGCAACUGAAAGAUGAGUCCGAUGAAUUCAAAUUUACAGCACCUACUGGUACCCCCGCCAAAAGUUGUGAGGCUAAGGAAUUUGAUAUAACCAAGUGGUAUACCAAUUAUCUUCCAGAAGAGUGUGGCUCCUACGUCGUUAACCGUAUAGUGCGAGGUCAGAAAGCAAAUCUAUCUGAAUUCCCAUGGAUGGCGAUCGUACGCUACUUGAUAGCUCCCAUACAUGAGUUAGACAAUCUGUGUGCGGGAACAUUGAUAAGUAAGCGAUAUGUGCUAACGGCCGCGCACUGUGUGAAAGAGAGCAAGCGACCAUAUCAAGUAAGACUGGGAGAGUACAUCAUCGGUCAAGAGAGGGACUGCGAUCCAAAUGAUAAACGGGACUGUGCCCCGCCCGUGCGGGAUUACGGCAUCGAAUGCAUCAUACGGCAUCAGAACUACAACCGUCGAACCAAGCAGAACAACAUUGCUCUGCUACGACUGGACAGGGAUGUCACAUUUGAAGACCACAUCAGUCCAAUUUGCCUACCGGUUUUGUUGCAACUAAAAACAAUGCAGCCCUACCGGUACAUCAUUACCGGUUGGGGUGACAGAGAGGACGAAUCAAAAUCGAUGACACUGCUCAAAGCUACCGUCAAACCAGCUAAUCAGUCCGAGUGCCAGGAGUGGAUGAAUCUAAAGGGUUUGAAACUCUCGCAAAAUCAGCUUUGCGUGGGCAAGCCGGAUGGACCGGAUGCGUGCCGUGGUGAUGGUGGAGGACCCCUCGGAUACAGUGCUUGGUACAAUGGAAUGCGAUUUGUACAGUUUGGAAUUGUAUCUUUCGGGUUCGGGUGUGGCGUCGUGCCUGCGGUUUAUACUAAACUUGCUGAUUAUAUGGACUGGAUAGUAGCGAAUAUGAAACCGUGAUAGUGUACGGUUAUUGAAAUGAUGUGGAACAUGAAUAAAAAAAAAAUAGGUUGCGGGAGACUUGUUAUCAAACAUGUUUCAAGUCGAAAUCACAGUUUACGAUAGAAUAGAAAAUAGAACUUGUUACGGUUGUCGGAAGAUGAAAUAUAACCUUUUUGGGCAUGGAUGCCUAAAUGUUUUCAAAUGUUUUUUAAAAGUAAUGUCUAAACAAAUUAUCUGGGUCCAAUAAGCAGCCUUCAAUUACGUUUUCAAUCACAUCUCAACAAAUAGUGGACCUACAUAAGAUAUUCCACUGGCAACCUGCGUGCUAACAUAAGCUUAUCAUUCGGUUAACAACCGAAGGAAAGUUCAGCUUCUAAAUGACAGCAAAUGAUAUCAAAUUUUCAUGUCAACAUCAAACUGGAAUCAUAAUUUGAUUUCAGUUUGCGCAAUUGACAAAUUUGAUAACAAAUUUUAAUUUCAUUUUGCUGUACAGUUGCUCUUCAUGAACAUUUCAAAUGGUCCUAUCUGCUUUGAUCGAUUUUCUUCAUCGACUUUCUUCUUUGAUAACCACUGCUAUGCAAACUAAUUUCGAGC